UCCUCCUGUUGCCUCCACCUCCUGAGAUCCUUUCCUGUUGUCCUCCUUCUCCUCAUCCAGCCCAGAGCUGCCAAUGCGCCAGGAUAGAGAGAUAUCGGUGCCGGGGAUGACGCAGAAGAGCGAGCUCCCCCCAAAAAGUGUUUCAGGACGAAGAUGGCGGCAACUUAGCACAGGACCAAGAUGACUGUGGCCAUCAGAAGGCAAAACCCAGGGUAUUCCGCCCAGUUUGCGAAGGAGAAGACGCCAGGCUGAAUCCUCACAGCCACCAGUGUGAUCUGCUGAAAUCAUUCUCCGGCUUGGCAGCUCGAGGAAGGGGGGAAAGGCUGAUGAGAGCGCUUUUGUGGGGAAGGAGAGACAGCAGCACGGUCAGGAGGAAGAGAAGAGACAUGCAGUCAGUGGGAAGUAGGAUUUUCUCAGGAGUUCCAUGGAUAAUCGCGAUCUGACAAUGCCUGGCUUUAUCUCUUUAUUUCCUCUAAUUGGAUGGAUAUAGCUGAUCAGCAGCGGCAGCAGCAGCAGCACUGCGAGAAGUCAGAUCCUGCCCUAGGCAAACGCUGUAUAAGAGGGCUGGUGGUGGGGGGUGGUGGGGGAGCGCAAAGAAAGCUAAGGAAGAGCAGAAAAAAAUAGCAAAUCAAUCCUCAAGUCAAUGAAUAUUGUGGAAACACUGGAAAAGGAGCCCUCACGGUGGAGUCGGCCAGAGCAGUGCGUUCUCAAAAUAUGACCAGGGGUGCUUGGAUGUGUCGGCAGUAUGAUGACAGCUUAAAAAUCUGGUUUGCACCCCGGGAGAACGAAAAACCUUUUACUGAUUCAGAGAGGGCUCAGAAAUGGCGACUGUCUUUAGCAUCUCUCUUGUUUUUCACAGUUCUGCUCUCUGAUCAUUUGUGGUUCUGCGCUGAGGCGAAAUUGACAAGGACCAGAGACAAAGAGCAGGACACCUUAUUGUCACCUAGCAUGGCUGAUCAAUCUCCAUCAAUGGAAGGACAUUCACUUUCACCUACCCUUCAAUCAUCUCAAAAGAGCCUCAGCAAAGGCAAAAAAGCUAUUUUUCUAGGAAAUUCUACCAAACCUUUGUGGAGGCUAGAAACGUGGUUCCCACAGCACAGCAGUCCAUCUGGUCAAUGUUUUAGUGUUGAUGAUGCUGAAUCUGUCUGUAGGAACUUGAGUGAUGGGGUGAAGGAUCAGCCUACUCACUUCAACUUGAGAGAUUUUUACCUUUCCUUUUGUAAUUCCUAUACACUUUCAGAUUUGUUUUCUGGGUUCCAAAAUCCGGACACUUACAACUGUACUAGGGACGUGGUGGAAAAUGGGGAUAUAGCAGGGUGCAGAAAGUGUGUCCAAGAGUACCAGACAUAUGAUCGACAUGCUCAGGAGAAAUAUGAAGAGUUUGAGGUUUUGCUGCAGAAAUAUUUACAGUCGGAUGAGUAUUCUGUAAGAUCCUGUUCUGAAGACUGCAAGACUGUCUACAAAUCCUGGCUAUGUUCCCAGUAUUUUGAAGUCACGCAAUCUGAAUGCAGUAGCAAAAUCCCUUGCAAGCAAUACUGUUUGGAGGUACAAACAAGAUGUCCCUUUAUAUUACCAGAUAAUGAUGAUGUCGUCUACGGAGGACUAUCAAGCUUCAUCUGUACAGGGCUGUAUGAAAAGUAUCCAACCAAUGCAGAACCAGAAUGCUGUGAUGUCAGGUGGGAAUUAUUAGCAGAUAACCAAUCCAAAGGGACUAAAAAAACACAUGACUCAACGUUGUGCCACAGGACAUCACUCACAGCUUCAUCAGCAUCCAGACUGUGUAACUGCAGACUCAAGCUGUGUGUAUUUGUACUCAUACUAUUACAUACAGUUCUAGUGGUCUCAGCAGCACAAAACUCAACAGGACUGGGUUUUGGAAACAUAAUUUUGGAAGACAAUUCAACAAAUGAGGAAUAGAAGAAUGGAAUAAUUUCAUCCGAGAGAAACACAACUGGCCCAUUCCAGCAAGCUACGAGAGUCACGUUAUUGAAAAGAGGUGUUUGUACCUUCAAAUUAAUUUUUACAUGGCAGUCUGGAUAAAAAUGAAAAGAGACGGGCCAAUCUCUAUAUUUCAAGGACACAAAGGGACAGCUUUUUAUUGACUAAAAGGCUGUGUGAUGACUGAAAUUUAUCACACCAUUUUAUACACUGUGUUUUAAUGUUCAAAUUUGUUUGUUUCUUUGUUUGUUUUUUUAUUUUUUAUUUUGCACAGGAUUUUAUUUUUAUUCUUUGAGAUGAUUUCUCGAAGCUAAACUAAGUCUUUUCACUAUAUAUUUCUAGUCAUUUUGUGUAUUCAUCUUUACGUCCCGUCAAUUUUUACUUUUCAGAUGAGUACUAUGAAUGCAUUCACAGCAAACAAUAUUGAAAACUGUCCAUUCUAUUCAUUAUCUUUUUUUACCCAUCUCCCCAAACCAAAAAUGAAAAAAAAAAAUACAACAAAAAAAGAACACAUUUGCUUGGUUCUGUCUGUGUAAUCACAAUGAAUGGGUACACACUAUUGUGGUGUGUCUACCGCAGAUGCACAAAUCAGAUGACUGAGCAUACCCUAUAUAUUUGGGCUUGGAGAGGGUAUAUACAGUGGAAACAACAAAUAAUCAGAAACUAUAUUUUAAACAAGUUGGACAGUUACCCAAUUUCUGUGUGAGCCUAUAACAAACUGUGUUGCUCCAGUUCCCAUAUCCAAAAACGUCCAGUCUUUUCACUGGUCAGUUGAACAGGAGCAGCCUUUAGAAAUCCAGUAUGUGGAACCAGUUAAGCUCAGCGUGUAAUAUAGUUGAAGAACCUUCACAUUGGAGGUAAUUUGGUGGCAUUCAUUGUGAAUUACGUUUUAUUUUCCGUUGCAGUCACCUUUUAAAGGUGCUGUUCCACCUACUUUGCUGAAUCUAUCAUUUUUCUCUAUUUGAAUGCAGCAUUAGAAACAUCAUUAAAACAUGGAAAAGUGGGACAACCUCACCUUUAACCAGCGCAUAUACGUGCAUAUAUAGCGGUAACAUGACUGUCCAAAUCAGACAAAAAGGAUGAGGCCUUCAUGCAACCUAAAACACGCAUUAAAUUAUUUGGCUUGGUAAAACACUGAUGUCUAUAUGUCAAACUCAAUAAACAGUGUAUAGCCUCGUA